CGUUCCUACUGCGCAGACUCGAGUUUGCUCGCCACUUCCUGCAUGUAUAUCGAGCAUGUUUGUUCCAAGUUCCCUUGUUGACAUUAUAAUGUAACAGGGAAGAACGAGUGCAGACAUCAAGAUUUUUAUACAAGGCACUAAUGAAGGAAAGCGUUUGACAAAUUACCAUAUUUGUCCUUCUGCUAAAUUAAUAUUUAUGUGUUUCGCUUCUCAUCUUGUCAACAUCUUCGUUAUAGCAACAUCCACGUUAUGCGGUGUAACUGUAUGAGGUUUUAGGUAGGCGAAGAUGAAACAAUACAGAGAUGGCUGCUGAUGUGGGAGCAAGAAGUCAACUGUUGGACACUUAUCUGAAGACCGUCAGCCUCAAUGAUAGCUUAUUCACUUCUGCAUCCUCAACUGUGUCAGCCGAGCACAGACACAACAGCACGCUUCUUGAAAUGUAUCCAUCUAGCUGUGACAUCCAACUGGAGACAGAUGGUGAUAUAAAUAACCAGAGGAGCAAGGACAUGGAUGAUUCAUGCCACACUUCCACGAUGCCCCCUGGCUGGAUCAGAGAAGUGAGACAGAGGAAAGCAGGAAAGACAGCAGGGAAACUAGACAUCUACAUUACAAGUCCCCAAGGGUUGAAGUUCCGGUCAAAAGCAUCCCUGAACGCUUUCCUGCUCAAAAAUGGAGAAUGUAAUAUCGACGUAAACCUUUUUGGUUUCGCUACUAUCAAAGACAAAGGUGUCAACACUUCCUCCCAAGUGAAACAAAGGAGAAGGAAGAAAAAUCAUGCAGAUGAACAGCAGGACAAAACAAAAGAUACAAUGGACACAUGUGGUCCACCUCCAAGUAAAUCUCAAAGAUCCUCUUCCCUCAUCAGACACACUGAAGAAGAAAAAGUAAAAAGGGAUAACAAUAAUGUUGAUAUGAACAGAGUACUUGAAGAGACUACAUAUUUUAGUGACAACACUGAUGACGGUGUUAAAUGCUGUGGACCAACUGCACAUGUAACCACUGAGGAUGAGUUAAAACUGCAGAAUAGCCUUCCAAAAGCAGGUUUGCUGAGGGAGAAGCUGCUCAGGUUGGCUCCCUUCACUAGCGAACAAAAUCCUUCCAUCACUCACAAGGACAAGCAGAGAGACUCUCAGCCAUCAGUCCCAACUCUGAAUGUUGAACCUGCCACUGAGAGCGAGAACAAGGGUGAUGAUGAGCGAGGAGAAGAGGAGAUACAGAUUCACAGUAAAGGUGACAAAAAGCCCAAUCCUGAACCGGAGGUGUUAUUACCACACAUCAGUUGUGAAAGCUGCACACCAGUGAGAGAAACCCAGAAUAAGUCCAAGAGUGUGGAAGACAAACGGAAAACCAGCCCUUAUUUCAGCCGGAAUUCCUUCAGAGACGGCCUUAGCCCACCCAGGAGGAAAGCCUUUAAAAAGUGGACCCCCCCUCGCUCUCCCUACAACCUCGUACAGGAAACACUUUUUCACAACCCCUGGAAGCUUCUGGUGGCCACUAUUUUUCUGAACAAGACCAGUGGAAAAAUGGCUAUCCCAGUGCUGUGGCAGUUUUUUGAGCGUUAUCCAUCUGCAGAGGUGACACGGGCAGCUGAUUGGAAGCCCAUGUCUGAGCUUAUGAAGCCUCUAGGCCUCUAUGAGCUGAGAGCCAAAACACUCGUCCGCUUCUCAGAUGAAUAUUUAACUAAACAAUGGCGCUAUCCCAUCGAGCUUCAUGGUAUCGGGAAGUAUGGCAACGACUCUUACAGGAUCUUCUGUGUUGAAGAGUGGAGACAGGUGACACCCAAGGACCACAUGUUAAACAAAUACCACACCUGGCUGUGGGAGAAUCAUGACAAGCUGGAAAAAUGAAAACAGAAAGCAUGAGAAUCUGAAGAUUAUUGUUCAUGAAAAUAAGUUAUAACACAUACAUAUCUUAGAAAUUACUAUUAUGAUGAACUGGCUAUGUUUAGCAUGGAUUGUUUUAAAAGUAGCAGUGAUAUUUCAAAGACACUGCAUGUGUUUUGCACGUGUAAUAAAACGUUUUAAGUGGUUUAAA